ACAAGAUGUGGAGUAUUUUUGAUAUUUUCUUUCUCUGAAUUGACAACUAUUUAACGAUGAGAUCAGUGCUGAAAGGUGUUCAAUGUCGGCAUCAUCAACUGUGAUGAGGAAGGAAAGAAAGUCCCGUUGGUUUGCGAUUCCUUUGAGCUGUCGUCAGCCAUGGGGCCUCUCUAUCUCUUUUUCCCUCCAUUUCUCUCUUGCUUUGGUUUGCUGUGUCUUUUCUCUUUUCUCUCUGUUGGCUUUCACUUGGCAUGCGAAGGAGGGAACUCACAAAAUUCUUAUUCUUCGUGCAUGGGCAACUCACAAGUCACACCCUUUUGAAUUUAUUGCUGCAUCUGGCAAAAAGGGUGACGCAAUUGAAAGGAUUUCUUCGUUAAAACUCCCUCUUUUUCUCUGUAAGUUUCUGAUAGAGAUACAGAGGAGCAGGGUGGGGAGAGAAAGAACUGCCUGAUUUGAUCCUUCGGAGAAUCUGUAAAUUGCGGAGAACAGGGCAAGCUGCAAGCUUUUUCUCCAGGUAUCGACGAAAGUGAAGGGAAGGGGCAGUUAUUGAUUCCUGUGGGUUCUUUUUGGGGCCAUUCUUCAGGGUGCUUUUGGGAUGGAUUGAGUUUCUGGCUUCUGGGUUGCCCAAAGGUGAGUUCCUAUACUUUACUUGUAAGGUAGAAGAAAAUGGUGGGCUUGCGGCAACUGUUCUUAGAAGAAAAUGAAAGGAUUAAUAAGAAGAUCUUGUCCAAUGGAGAUGUCUAUGUUGGCGACUUCAAGGGAGAACUUCCCCAUGGCAAAGGCAAAUAUUUGUGGUCAGAUGGCACUGUCUAUGACGGAGAAUGGAAAGGAGGUAAGAUGACUGGAAAAGGACAUAUAUCAUGGGCCGCAGGAGCCAAAUAUGAAGGUGAAUUUUCUGGCAGUUAUCUUCACGGCUUUGGCACCUUUACUCGUCCUGAUGGAUCUGAAUAUCGAGGUUCCUGGAGGAUGAAUAUACAGCAUGGGCUUGGUACGAAACUGUACUCCAAUUUGGAUGUUUAUGAAGGUUGUUGGAAGGAAGGUGUCCACGAAGGUAACGGUAGGUACUCUUGGAGCAAUGGUAAUGUCUAUGUGGGAAAUUGGAAAGGUGGAAUCAUGAAUGGUAGAGGAAUCAUGAAAUGGAUCAGUGGUGAUAUCUUUGAUGGCUCUUGGUCAAAUGGUCUGAGGCAUGGGUCUGGGGUUUAUAGGUUUGCAGAUGGGGGUUUCUACUUUGGAACAUGGACCAAAGGUUUGAAGGAUGGGAAAGGGACAUACUAUCCCGCUGGAACGAGACAUCCAUCUCUAAAGAGAUGGUGUAGAUCGCUUGGUUAUGAUGGUAUUCCAAGUAGCUUUCAGUCUCAUGAUGCUUCAACAUUGAAUUUGGUAGAAGUUGAGGCUCAAAGAACAAGUAUCAGGCGCAGUGUCUCGGAAUUGUCAGGUAGUGGAAGUUUAAGUGGUUCAGGGAGGAUAGCACAGAGAACAUCAUCAAUGGACAGAAAUUCAAGCCCUGGUCAUUCUGCCAGAGAGUUGAUACCUAAUAAUGACUUAUCAAGUGCGCUGUCUCACGUCUCCGACGAUGUUCAUAGUGUGGUGCUAGACAGCGAUAGAAUAGCUUAUGAACGAGAAUACAUUCAAGGCGUUUUGAUCAAAGAGAAGAUUAUAACUGCAGAGCGGUCACGGAAGACUAAACAUAAAAACAAAUUCCAUGUCGAAGAAGGAAAAUCCAACUCGUGGAUGAAUAUUUUCCAGAGCCGUCAGAGCUAUUAUCUAAUGCUUAAUUUACAACUUGGUAUCAGGUAUACUGUUGGAAAGAUCACUCCGGUGCCCAUGCGUGAAGUUCGUCCUUCUGAUUUUGGAGAGCGAGCUAGAAUAAGGAUGUAUUUUCCCAAAAAAGGAUCGCAGUUGACCCCGCCUCACUACUCCAUUGAUUUCUAUUGGAAAGAUUACUGUCCCAUGGUAUUCAGGAAUUUGAGAGAGAUGUUCAAAUUAGAUGCAGCUGAGUACAUGAUGUCUAUUUGCGGUGAUGAUGGUCUGACAGAACUCGCUUCACCCGGGAAAAGUGGCAGUCUCUUCUAUCUUUCUCAUGAUGAUAGAUUUGUGAUCAAGACAUUAAAUAAGGCUGAACUCAAGUCCCUUCUCAGGAUGUUGCCAAAAUAUUACUGUCAUGUAGGCAAGCAUGAAAAUACUCUCAUAACGAAGUUCUUCGGGGUUCAUCGAAUAAAAUUAAGAGGUGGACGAAAGGUACGGUUUGUGGUCAUGGGUAAUAUGUUUUGCACGGAAUUGAGAAUUCAUCGUCGUUAUGAUCUGAAAGGCUCGUCUCAUGGAAGAUAUACAGAUAAAGAUAAGAUCAAAGAGGGUACCACAUUAAAGGACCUUGAUCUAGAUUAUGAAUUUCACAUGGACAAACUAUUGAGGGAAUCCCUCUUCAAACAACUUCAUCUGGACUCCAAGUUCUUAGAAUCUCAGAACAUAAUUGAUUACAGCCUCCUCUUGGGGUUGCAUUUCAGAGCACCAGAGCAGCUGAAGGCCGUUUUAGAGCCUCCUGGCGCCGCAACCAAUCAUGAUGGUUUUUCUUCAGAUGAUGUUGGUGUGAGUUCUCAAGGGGAGCUCUUGAUACCCCCAACAGGAUUAAUCUUGGUCACUCAUGAACCUAGUUCUGUCAACACUGCACCGGGUCCUCACAUCCGAGGUAGCACGCUGAGAGCUUUUUCUGUUGGUGAGCGGGAGGUCGACCUGUUACUGCCCGGGACUGCAAGCAGGUUGCGGGUUCAGUUAGGAGUGAACAUGCCAGCUCAGGCGAGUCACAAGCUGCUGCAAGACGAGGGCGAUUCCACAGAGGUUGAACUCUUUGAGGUCUAUGACGUGGUUCUGUACAUGGGAGUGAUCGACAUAUUGCAGGAGUACAAUGCCAGGAAGAAAGCGGAGAAUGCUUACAAAUCGUUCAAGUUCGACCCUGUAACGAUCUCUGUCGUCGAGCCAAAGCUGUAUGCUCAGCGGUUCAUCAAUUUCCUGCAAAAAGUGUUUCCAGAACCUCCCUGAGAACUUAUCCAAAGCUUCGUGGUGUAGCUCUUCAUCUUUUGUUCAGGAGAAGGUGCAUUCAUAAGAAUUUCUUUUCUAUGGGGAGUAUACUAAUUAGUAACAAUGCAUAUUUUUGUAUAGUAG